AUGUUCCUGAGCUGCUGCCUCCUGCUCACCAUCAUCCUGGGGCUCUCCCGCUGCUCGGCCUCCUACGUGCCCUGCGAGCCGUGCGAUGACAAGGCGCUGUCCAUGUGCCCGCCGGUGCCCGUCGGCUGCCAGCUGGUGAAGGAGCCGGGCUGCGGCUGCUGCCUGACCUGCGCGCUGGCCGAGGGGCAGGCGUGCGGCGUCUACACGGGCACCUGCACCAAGGGGCUGCGCUGCCUGCCGCGCAGCGGCGAGGAGAAGCCGCUGCACGCCCUGCUGCACGGCCGCGGCGUCUGCACCAACGAGAAGGGCUACAAGUCCGCCGCCGCUGCCGCCGGAGCCGCGACCGGAGAUCGGGAGACGCGGGUGGACGUGGACAUGACUCCGGACGUCACGGGCGUGGUGCCGCCAGCCAAGGUGCCGCUGCAUCCCAAAGACAUUGUGAACAGUAAAAAGGUGAUCGCAGUGCGCAAAGAGCAGAAGAGGAAGCUUGGCAAGCAGCGCUCCUUCAGCUCCGGCGUGGAUUAUUCCCCCAUGGACAUCGACAAGCACGAGCCUGAAUUUGGUCCCUGUCGGAGGAAACUGGAUGGGAUCAUCCAGAAAAUGAAGGACACUUCUCGGGUCAUGGCGCUGUCUCUGUACCUUCCCAACUGUGACAGGAAAGGGUUCUUCAAGCGCAAACAGUGCAAGCCGUCUCGCGGCCGCAAGCGGGGCAUCUGCUGGUGCGUGGACAAAUACGGCGUCAUGCUGCCAGGGACGGACUACAGCGGGGGGGACAUUCAGUGCAAAGACCUGGAGAGCAGCAUCAACGAGUGAAGCCCCCGGCCCCUUUCCCCCGCCCCCAUAACCGUCACAUGACCCAGCAUCUUCUGAGUCACACCUGUAUGCUCCGCCCUCUGCUCACACCAACAACCUGCUUCUACCAGAGAGACACAAAGAAAAAGCACUAUUCUCUGAUUAAGGAGACCACUUCGGAUCCCCCACCUCUUCAUUUGACUGUAAAAAAUUCACAAGAAGAAGAAGAAGGAGGAGAAAACUGACCCAGCUGCGUGUCGUGGGACUGAGAAUUGGCUGAGAAAUGAUUGUUUUCUGGUUUUCCUGGGGGUUUUCAGGGCACUUAUAGAAAGGGGAUCCUGUUUAGAAACCUGUGUGACGCGUUGGUGUGUCACAGUGAGCCUAUUUCAGAAACAAACCAGCAGCAGAACGUUGCAUUUCCUCCUCUCCUGUUCGAUCGUCGCCACCCCGACGGCCCUUCCUCUCCAACGCAGCGAACGUCUUGGGGACUCGGAGCGUUCAGACGGUCGCAGACGAACGUGAGCGGCUCUUCGACCACGUAGCCAGCCUGACAUGCCAACUGUGCCUAUGAAGCUGCCGGGCGGCGCCGCGCAGCUCCGCUGGUCAAAUCAAAGACUCCCAGCUUCAGCGACGGGAAGCACGUUUGAUUUUUCCGAGUUGGGAUUGUGUUUUUCGGGGGCGGGGGAACGACCUGCCGAUCGGGCCGUUUCCUCUCUAACUGACUCUUUUUUUGUGGUUUUAUUUGUGAUUUCUUUGCCUUCAGUGAAGUAAAAGAUCGCCCUACGUUUUGAGCCACGUUUCCCCGUCAGUACAACAUAUUCAUGGUGUAUUACUUUUAAAUAUUCUUUGAGGGUUUUUCCUGUAGAGAAAAGCCAGAUCGUGUAAAGAAAACAAAGACUUUUUGCCUGUAAAGAAUUGGAAAGUGUCCUGUUUCAGCAGCUCACGGGGCAGUGGGAGCUUUCUGCCUUUUCCUCAGCGGAGCGCCGUGAGAACACGACAUGAGCAGCAGGUCUCCGGACCCGGUUUCUCCUCUCUGUGCCUUCCUACAAACAGACUCAAGCACUAGUGUGAAAGCGACACCAGGGGGCGCUAUUCAGGACGAGGUUCGAGCCGAACAGAGAAGAACGAUGAAUGUGGUCGGUCCCUUAAAUUCAGUCCAGCUCCGUUUGUCCGCGUCGUUUCAGAACCUCCUGCUCUUCCUUUGACGACUUAAUAAGCUAAGAUUCUCACUUUUUCUGUUUUUAUGUGAAUGCCAACGACUGACGUUAGACGGGAAGCCGAGGAAUGUCAGGAAGCUGUUUGUCCUGCGAAUGCGAGAGGGAAUGGGUGCAUCCAGGGCUGCUGUGCAAAAAUCCCCAGUCAUCCCUCGUUCCUUUAACUUCUGCUUUUAAACAAACUCUUUUAAUCUUUAAACUGGUUUUAUUGAACGGUUCUCCACUUCCUGAAGGGUUUUCAUUGUGUGACUUUAGUUGCUUGAUGUCUUCUAAUCAUUCAGGUGCGACAGCAAACAGUUUGACAUGCAGAAAAUAGUUGAUGUACAGAUUUCUUAGCCAGAGUUGUUCCCUCUAAUAUUGAAAAAACAAACAGUUUAUUAGCUUCUGCCGAUUGCAUACAAGUUUAUUUUUCAUUUUAAUUCUGGGGAGAUUUGACACUUUUUUUCCCUUUUGGGACUCAAAAGAUUCAUCUUCAAUUCAAGUUGCAUCUUUCAGAGUUGGGCGCUAACCAAGGAGCUAGUUCUGCUAGCACAGAAGCGCUUCACCAACAUGCUAGUUAGCAGAGGCUAAUGUUGCAGUGCUACCUUCAAUUCAAAUUGCAUCGGCUCUUGGAAGACUUCAAUCUUUUGGCACCAAUUUAAUUUUAAAAUGUUGCCAUAAGAUUGUGAAACAGCUGUUGUUAAAAAAGAAAGAAAACUGAAGUGCUGCGUAACAGUCUUUAUUCACUUCAAAAUAAAAGCCUGAAUACUUGAAGAAUAUGAUAAUCAAUCGGCUAGCAAAGUGUUAAAAAACGAGGAGUGGUUUAAAACUUUUGCACAGCACAAUAUCAGUCGAAUCACGUUAAGCAACUUAUUUCACAACUCAGUAGAUCCUGAUGCACGACGACGAUCCUGAGGUCGGCAGAGACUAAAGCCUGGAAAACUUUCCUUUCUGAAGCCGCGUUUCGAGCUAAAGUGACAGGGGCCGCUCAGGGGCCCAGAGUGACAGGAGCCGCUCAGGGGCCCAGAGUGACAGGGGCCGCUCAGGGGCCCAGAGUGACAGGGGCCGCUAAGGGGCCCAGAGUGACAGGGGCCGCUCAGGGGCCCAGAGUGACAGGGGCCGCUCAGGGGCCCAGGGUGACAGGGGCCGCUCAGGGGCCCAAAGUGACAGGGGCUGCUCAGGGGCCACUGAGAGGCCCAAAGUGACAGGGGUCACUCAGGGGCCCAAAGUGACAGGUGUCACUCAGGGGCCCAAAGUGACAGGGGCCCAAGCCUGGAUUCAGACGGUAGCAGCGACUCUUUGGGUUUGGAGACGCUGCGCCGAGACAGAGAGGAUGGGGGGGGGGAAGAGCGAGGGAGCGCCGUGGGAGCGAUAGCUACCAGGUGGCUAUCGCCUGGUAGCUAUCGCCUGGUAGCUCCCACGGCGGAAGCCACGGCCCCUGAUGAGGGCGUCACCGAUUCACCGCUUAGAUCCAGUUAGAGACAGAAACAGGGAGUUCUGGGAAACGUCCCGCCUCCAGUCGGUUUGAACUCGUACUUCAUUAUUCAGUAGGACAGUCAGCAGCUCAGCCUGUUGGUUCAGAUUCACAACAGAGUUUUGGUUGUAAAGACAAUCGGGUUUCGUAAUUUGGUGUUCAGAGACAGACGCAUCGGUGGCAGCGGGAAAUAUUGGUCAGUAUUUGGAGCGACAGAUUAAAAAAAACAAAAAAAACUGAAAAAAAUCUCAAAUUAUAAAAGUGAAUAUCACUGUGUAAUAUUUAUUCAACUUGUAAUUUAUGUACUCUUUUAACCUUUGUCUUUUUUGUAAUGACAAAGCAUUUAUUUAAAUAAAGUUAUGUAUUCAUUUAA